GGAGGUAAGAUGUCUGGAGAAGAUCCCCAAAACCAGGGGAGUGACUGAAGGGAAUGAUCAAGCAACAGCGAUACAUUGGCUCAGAAAGGUGGGUCCAACGAGGGGAUAAUUUGGUCAAUUAAAAAGAUCAAUCAAUGCUCAACUGACAUCAAUUGAGAGAGGGCCUAAACAGGCACCAUAUAAAAAGGCAGACAUGGCAGUGUUGACUCAGGGUGGGUGAUAUUUUUCUUUCGGUGGUGGUGGUGGGGGGGGGAGUUGGUGGAAAGUGGGUGAAAAGAAGAAGAAAGAAAGAAAGAGAGAAGAAAGUUGGGAGAGAAAUGGAAGGAGUUGUGUACUCGCCACUCAAUGCCUAUUCUUAUGGCUCUUACUCCCCAAAGCCGAGGCAACAAAACUGGAGGCAGAGGAGCUCCCACCACCAGCAGCAGCAGCAGCAACAACAGGGAGGAGGGGGCGGCGAGGGGGGGGAUUACCUGGACAACUACAAGAGGGCGCAGCUCAAGGCCAUCCUGUCCCAGGUGAACCCCGGCCUCACCCCGCGCCUGAGGAAGGGCAACACCCGGGAGGUCGGCAUCCAGGUCAACCCCAAGGUGGACGCCUCGGUGCAGUGCUCGCUGGGGCCCCGCACUCUGCCCCCCCGACCCGGGGAGCGCUCGGCCGCCCCGGCCCCCGCCCCGGCCCCGCCCGCCCCCGCGCGCUUCUCCCGCCCCGCCGGGCUCUACUCGUCGGUUUUCCAGCGGCGUCAGGUCCCGCAGCUGCAGCCCGAGCCCGAGGGGAGGGAGCCCGGCCCGGGGGGGGCGGCGGCCGCCGGGCAGCCGGAGCCGGAGCCCCAGGGUCCGGGCGCCGCAGCCCCCGAGCCCGGAGACCAGGAGACCGCGCAGCACACACCGGGACUCCAGGACAGUCAGGACCCCCGGGGGGGCACCGAGGAGCAGAAGUUCAGAUUUCAGUUCCUGGAACAGAAAUACGGAUAUUAUCACUGCAAAGACUGCAACAUCCGAUGGGAAAGUGCUUACAUCUGGUGUAUUUCGGGAACGAACAAGGUUUACUUCAAGCAGUUCUGUCGCAAAUGUGAUAAGGGAUACAAUCCAUACAGAGUGGAACCUAUUCUUUGCCAGACUUGCUCCAAAACUCGCUGCACUUGCCCUCAGAAGAAGAGGCACAUUGAUCCAAGGAGACCUCAUCGUCAGGAGCUGUGUGGCCGUUGCCGGGGCAAGAGGCUUUCCUGUGACAAUACCUAUAGCUACAAGUAUAUUGUCUGAAUGAUGCCUCCAGUGUAUGCAAUUUUUGCCAACAAUGUUGGAACUAAUAUAGUACUUGAGGCUACUGACUUGGCAUGGAUAAUGGAUUUUUUGUAUUUCCUAUUUAGCAUGAUUGUAUAGUGUAAAUGUGCAAUAGAAAUUAAAUUAUUAAAGCAC